AUGCUCCGGCCUAUCCCCCUUUUAAGACGUGGAUUUACAACUCAUUCUGUCAAGGGUUUCACAGGAGCAGUCGGAAGCACGCCCUUGAUCAGACUCAAGGGUCUUUCGGAACGAACUGGGUGCGAUAUACUCGGAAAAGCAGAGUUUCAGAAUCCUGGUGGAAGCGUAAAGGAUCGAGCAGCACUCGGUCUCGUGGAACAUGCGGAAAGGCAAGGACUACUGAAGCCCGGAGGAACUGUUGUCGAAGGAACCGCUGGAAACACUGGAAUUGGCCUGGCUCACGUGUGUCGAGCAAAGGGAUAUAAAUGCGUAAUCUACAUGCCAAACACACAGUCUCAAGAAAAGAUCGACCUGCUUCGAAUGUUGGGAGCAGACGUGCGACCAGUCCCCGCGGUGGCCUACGAGAACCCAAAGAACUAUAAUCAUCAGGCCAAAGAGUAUGCUGAAGCGACCCCAAACGCAAUCUGGACCAACCAGUUUGAUAACACUGCCAAUGCAGAGUUCCACUUCAAGACGACUGGUCCAGAGAUCUGGACGCAGACUGGGCACAAAAUUGAUGCGUUUACGUGCUCUACGGGGACAGGCGGAACUUUGGCAGGUGUUGCCAGAUAUCUGCGAGAGGUUAGUAAUGGCAAGGUCAAGAGCUACCUCGCAGAUCCACCCGGAAGUGUCCUAUACAGCUACAUCACGAGUGGUGGAAAGCUGACCGAAAGGUCUGGAAGUAGUAUCACCGAAGGCAUUGGUCAAGGUCGCAUCACCGACAACCUGGGCACGGAGAUCAAACACUUAGCUGGAGCACUACAGAUCCCUGACGAAAAGAGCAUCAAGAUGGUGUACGAGAUGCUGGAUACUGAAGGCAUCUACAUUGGCGCGAGCUCUGCCCUAAACGUGGUUGCAGCAGAAGAGCUAGCUAAACAGCUUGGCCCAGGUAAAACGAUUGUCACCAUUCUUUGCGACGGUGCAUAUCGCUAUCAGAGCCGGCUAUUCUCGCGACAAUGGCUUGCGAGCAAGGGGUUGGAAAAGGCCAUCCCCGAGGACCUACAAAAGUAUAUCGUAUUGCCGUAG